GUAAACAUCCAGUGGAAAUACUAUCUGAAAACUCCAUUUGCCGUCUCUCUCUCUCUCUGAUCCACCGGUCCUCGCGCUGGUUCCGCUUGUCGCGCGGAGCUCGAGGCCAGCGCGCGCGCUACUGCGCACCCAGAUUCUCUCCUUUUUUUCUUCUUUUUUUUGUACCUGAACUUGUUUUUUGGGGACUUAACUGUUCUGUAUCACCAAGUUUGCUGCCGUUUCACGUCAGAGACGCAAACAAGAGACGAUGGUGAAUCCGGGAGGCAACAGCCAGCCGCCAGCGGUGGGCACGGGGUCCCUGUCCUGGAAGCGCUGCGCAGGCUGCGGGGGUAAAAUCGCAGACCGCUUCCUCCUCUACACCAUGGACAGCUACUGGCACAGCCGAUGCCUGAAGUGCUCCUGCUGCCAGGCCCAGCUCGGGGAAAUCGGCACGUCGUGCUACACGAAAAGCGGCAUGAUCCUCUGCAGAAACGACUACAUCAGGUUAUUCGGAAACAGCGGCGCCUGCAGCGCUUGCGGUCAGUCCAUCCCGGCCAGCGAGUUGGUGAUGAGGGCGCAGGGCAACGUCUACCAUCUAAAGUGUUUCACGUGUUCCACCUGCCGGAACCGGCUCGUCCCCGGAGAUCGAUUCCACUACAUCAACGGCAGCCUCUUCUGCGAACAAGACAGACCAACGGCGCUCAUCAACGGACACUUAAGCUCCCUGCAGACGAACCCGCUAAUGCCCGACCAGAAGGUGUGUUAGGGGGGGAGCUGUGUGCAGGAAGCAGGAUUUGUGCCUUCAUUUUACUCAUCGUCACCUGAGACGGCGUGGAUCAGCAGCACCCCAGCCUCUUAGCUCUGCUCCCUUUCGCCCCUAAAGGAAAUCCUCCACCCAUCUAACCAGAAACCCCCGAUUCUCAUCUCUGCAAACCCCACACCCGACCCCCCCAGCCUUCAAAACCUCGGCUUUUACCCCCAAACCUGGGUGGAUAUUUUGCACUUAUUGCUGAGAAGAGACGCGUGGGACGCUUUGGAGUUUAAACACUGAUCACAAUCAGAGCGGGGGGGGGACUCCUGCCGCGGAGAAAAUGAAACUCGCUGAGAAGGACGUCGUGACUGAGGAAAGACAAAAAGACAAAAAAGAGUUGCAGACUUUUCAAUGCUGCACAUUUGUUUAAAGACAAUUUUUGGGGGGAAAAGCGGGAACUUUUCUUUCUUUCCUCUCUUCCUUUUCUAUCAUUUCCCACAAACAUGGUGAUUUCACUUUCUAUAUUUUAAGUGUCGUCAAAGGAGAAUCGUGUUCUCUUUCUGCUUUUCCUUUUGAUUCAUAUAUAUAUAUAAAAAUGUAUAUAUGAACGGAGUU